GGCUUGUUAUGUCUCUAUCGUUUAUUUAAUUCUAAUAAUGUCCUUACAAAGCUUUAGGAACGAGACUCGUAAACUUUAUGCUUUCAUUAGGUUUAGGAGUAGACUUGUAGACGUGAGACCCAAAUUGCAGCUGAUAUACGUCCAAUAAACUAACGCUCUCAGGCACGGGGCUCGAGGUACUCUGUGAUUCAAUACUCUCCGGCGCCGGCGACGCGUUUUCUCGCCGGCGCUGGUCACUCCCGACGAUGUCGUCCUCUGCAUUCAUCUCCCUACUCGUUUCUCGCUUCAGUUCUCGUGUGCUAAGGAUUCGUAGCCUUUUUCUAAGCGGAGAAAGGGGUCUCCGACGGAGACAUGAGCUUCGGUUCCUUGUCUUCACGGUAGUUCUCCUUACGGCUCUUCCUUUUUGGUGGGUCUUCUCCCCAACGAUGAGUCGAGAGGGUUCUCUCACCACCGUUGUACUCUGGUUCACGGGAGCGCUUCCCGGUGAAUCUCCUUGUGGCUGUCGACGGACGAGCCACACCGUCAACUUAGUCCGUGCUCUUCAGUUGUUGAUGGAGUUCAGAUCUCAACGUUCAAGCUUUCACUUUUCGCCUCCGGGAAGUGAGACAACAAAACAACCGCGUGGUGCUCCUCUUCCUCUUUACGACGCCAUAUCCCAAGACAUCUCAAGCCUAAAUCUGAAUCUAAUCGGUGGCUAUUCACCUUCCUCGUCUCUAAGCUUUGAUGGUAACUGGGAUUACUCCGGUGAACCCGUCUCUCCACCGGCGAGUACCUCAAGCAAUGUCAUCUGCACCGCCUCCAACCUUCAACCUAGAUCCACGACGUCUCCGGCGUGUUUUUUGACUUCUGGAACAAGAUCUAUAUCUAAGUGGGCCUGGCCCAACUCUUUUGCUGAAGCUCCUAAUCCAGUUAUCAAGUUUCAAAAUCCAGGUUUAUCAAACCAAAGCGUGAGAUUAGAUCGGUCUGUACGGGGCCAGAAGGUACAAUCGAGAUUACUUCGGUUUUUCUCGUUGGUGAGGGUUGUCCCUCAACGUCACUUGUGACUAUUUCUCAACUGUCCGACUUUGUCGUGAAGGAUUUCCGGACGCAUUCAAACUUUGUCUUGAAUCUGCUGUCAUCUUCAUAUGAAAACUUAUCUUGUCUGAUGUCAUUUCUCUUUGUAGUUUAUGAUUUGUUUCCAAGAGGAUGCUUAAUUCCCUCAUGUCAUUGUAGUCCUUGAAGUUAUGUUUAAUGGAAGUUGUGUUCA